AUGGUGCUACUCCUCAUCUCCAUCCGAUGCGAGCUUGAGAAUCUAACCAACCUGCGGCCUGGGUCAGAUGAUUUCACUUACUAUAUGAAACUCAGAUGUUCCUGUGGCGAAGUGAGUGCGAAAGAGUCCUCAGUGACUAAAGGGGAGGAGUACGAGAUGAAGGGCAGCCGAGGCACUGCCAAUCUCGUUCAGAAGUGCAAUCUCUGCAGUCGCGUGGGAUCUAUUUCAUUAGUAGAAGGGCAUGGUAAACCCUUCACUGCAGAAGAUUGUGAGAACAGGAAGUUCGUCCCUCUAGUAUGCCUAGACUGCAGAGGAAUGGAGCCAGUGGAAUUUAUUCCCAAGGACGGUUGGCAGGCAGAGGGUUCAGAGUCCGGUACCAAGUUUGAAGACAUUGAUUUGAGUGAUCAGGAGUUCUCAGAUUAUGACGAGAAGGCAGGGGAGUCGGUGAGCAUCCUCAAUUUCGAGUCCCAAAUUAAGUCCGCCGCGAUUGCCGGCGCGAUGGAUCCCCUGCGGGAGGGCUUUGAUUGGCUGCUGCACGAGCUCGGCGGAGCGGACGCCGACGAGUUUGCUGCGGGGGGAGGAGACGCCACGGGCGCGGGGAGCGCCGCGCCGAUGGACGGCAGCAUCGAGGCGUCGCUGGAGGAGUCCGGGUUCGCGGAGCUGCUGACGUGGCUGCGCGAGAAUGGCGCGGAGGGAGACGCGGUGACUGGAAAAAACCUCAAGCUGAAGGUCUUUAAAGUGGAAAUUCCUGACGAGUCUGGCUCAAACACUACGGCUGAAGACACCGGGAUGAAGGAGGUGGGGGAUGGUACGACGGGCAUCAAGGAGGAGAAGACGGAAGAGAAGGAGGUGAAAGCGAAGGAGAAAAAGAAAGUGGUGAAGAAAAAAAUCGUGAAGGAAAAAGUGGUGAAGAGAGCUUUCACAUCCUCCCUCGUCCCCCCUCAUCCCCUGCCCGUCCACCUGAUUAUUUUCUCUCAUGAUCUGCUGGUGUUUUUGACAAUCCUAUCAAGUUGCCGUUACGUCACCCUCUGUUCUGUUGUAUCCCCUUCCUCCCUCACUUUACCCCUGCCUCCUCCCUGCCCUCUCUCGCCCUCCCUCCUCUCGCUGUCCUCUCUCUUCCUCCAAUUCUCUCCCUCCACCUCUUCCCCUUCUUCCUCUCGCCCUCCACGUCCACCCCUCUCUUCUCCUUCGCCCUCUCUCCUGCCCCUCUCGCCCCCUCUGCUUCGCACACUCUGCUUCGCACACUCUGCUUCACGCACCCUGCUUCGCGCUGCCUCUCUUGCCGUCUCGGCAUCUCCCUGCCUGCUUCUUUCUGCCCCUCUUGCCCUCUCUGCGGCCCCCUGCCGCUCGUCCUGCCAGGCCUUGGCCCAGAGGCAGCAGUACGAGAACGAGUAUGCCAACUGGACCGCCACCAUUAGCACCACCGCCACCAACAGCGCAGGCACUAGCAGCAGCAGCGGAAACAGCAGCGCUGUGUCGCUGCCGUCGCUGCAGCAGUUUCUGGCGACGGUGGCGGCCGUGAGGGCGCUGGCUCUGCCCAUGCGCCUGCCGCCUCUGCAGGAGGGGCAGGGGGAGGGGGAGGAGCAGGGGGGCAGGGGGAGGAAGGGCGGGAAGAAGGGCGGAAGGAAGGGAGUGAAGGGGCGGAAGAAGCAGAAGCAGCGGCGGUUUGAGCUGACGGUGGUGCCUCUUGUGAAUGCUGUUGCGCGCGCGAAUGAGAGGAACCAAGGCAACGUGCAAUGGCAGCUGACCCACGCGGGCUUCCACCUGAGGGCGUCACAAGCCAUUCCCACCGGCGCUGCCCUCGUGCUGCCUCUCAACGGCGGCCUGCCCGACCCGCUGCAAGCAGCAGUAGCACACACAGACGCACAGGGGACAGCAGGAGAGUGGGAGAGCGAAGAAGACGAGGAAGGGGAUGGGGGAGUGCAUUUGACAUCACUGGGCGAGGUGGAGGAGGCGGACAGCCACGUGUCGCCGGCCACGCUGCUAUCCAAUGACGAUGCCUUCCUCUCCCUCGGGAUCAUCUCCGCCUGCUCCGCCUUCGACCGCGUGCAGCUCUACCCGUCGUACGACGCGCUCACCCAGAGUGUGCUCACAGCAGCGCACGUGAACCCCCAGUUCAAGCCAUCAACCUUCAUGAAAUUGGCUGAUCGCGUGCGCACAGCACUGCUGAAGGAGCUGCCUCAAGUCACAGAGGAGGAUGCAGUGGAGGGGCUGUAUGUGUACUCGAAUGGAAGGGUGGACCCUGAGCCCGUGGCGUACUUCAGUGCCGUUGUGCUGCUGGCUGCUACGGGCCAAAUGCCGGACGUCAUGCCCUUGGCGCGUGUGAGCGUGGCAUACGCAUGGAAUCUGGACGGCAUCACCACAUGCACGUACAUGCCGCCGCUCUCCGACCCCUCCCACCCGCUCUACCUCCACAUGCCUCCCGACCCCACCAACCCCUCCGCCUCGCCCCCGUCACCCGGUAACCACCCGGUGGUAACCGCGCUCUCGCUCGCCCUGGACGUUACUGCCAGCAGCCUGCAGCGGCCGCUAUCGGAUCUCAUGACUGCAAUGAUUGCUCUGGAUGAGGUCGGGCGGCGACUGAUCGAGACAGAGCCUAUCUGUCACAUGGCACAGCACUCAGAGAUUCUCUCAGAGACCCUGGAUAAGCUGGUGUAUCGUAACUCCAAGCCAUCUGGCGCAAAGGCUGUUGCUGACACCUGGUUGAAGCCCAGGCGGCAGCUGACAGUGUACGCAGGUCAAGCGCGCAAGCAGGCAGGGGAGCACAUGAUGAGCAUCCCACGGGCGCUCUUCCUCGCCACAGACAAGAUGCUCCAAGACGGAGUCCCCUACCAGGGGCCCGUCUGGUCCACGGGCAUGGCUGCUGCGUGGCUGUGUCGCGAGAUGCUCAAGGGCAGGGAGUCGUUCUGGUGGCCGUACCUGCAGUUCCUGCCUCCCUCGGUUGGCCUGCCCUUCUUCUUCAAGCCAGAAACGCUAAUGGAGCUCGACUCGCCUGCUUUUGUUCACAAGUUCCUGCCGCCCUCCGUUGGCCUGCCCUUCUUCUUCAAGCCGGCGAUGCUGAUGGAGCUCGACUCGCCUGCUUUCAUUCAGAAGAUAUCGACCCAUCUGAACAACUACCGGUCGGAGUACAACCGCAUUGCACCGCACUUGCGUGCCAACACCACCUUCUUCGAGUACCUGUGGGCCGUCUCCAUCAUCAACUCGCGUGCCUUCGGGGACCAGGCGCGCGGUAACUCCGUAACCGUAACGGUGGACGGGAAGGAGCAGGAGGUGCCUCUAGCGAGUGGGCCACUAGCGCUGGUGCCGAUCGCAGAGCUGCUGGAUCAUGAAGACAUGUUCCAGGCUCAGUAUGAUGUGAGUGGACUUGAGCUGCUGGACCAUGAAGACAUGUUCCAGGCUCAGUACGACGUGAGUGGCUUGAUGAUUGACAUGUUGGGGGCUGAGAGGUUGAGGUGUCCUUAUGAAGACGUGUUCCAGGCCCAGUAUGAUGUGGGUGCGUCGCAGUUUGAUUUCAUAGCACUCGUGCCCUUCGCAAAAGGCGAUGAGCUCUUCACCUCAUACGGCCCCAAGGUGAACGAGGAGCUGCUGUUGGGCUACGGCUUUGUGCUGGACGGCAACAAGCAGGAGAACGUGCUGCUCUUCCGCACGCUGCUCGAUGCAGUGAACCUGGUCGCCCUCGUCCUGCACCGCGACGCCGCCCGCCCCGGCGAGUGGGUGGCUGGGCCGGGCGGCUCGGGCGGGACUGCCGGGGCGGCAGGGGCGGUUGGGGCAGCAGGGAAGGGCGGCAAGGAACGGGAGGAAGGGGGAGUGGGUGAGUGCCAUGGAGAGGGAGAGGGAGAGGAGGAGGAGGAGGAGGAGGAGGAAGAAACGGACCUGCACUGCGAAGCGCUCUGGCGGGUAGCAGCCAAGGCAGUGGAGGCAAUGGCGAGGGAGCGUGCAGAGGCAGAGAAGCAGUUUGUGCACGUGGGGGCCAUGCCGCAGUAUGUGGCUCGGCAGGAGAUCAGGCGGGAGAGCGAGGCGGAUGAGGUGAAUGGCGGGGUGGAGGUGCUGGCAGGGAAGUACAAGGACCCGAGCUUUGGUGUAUCGGUGUGGAGAGGAGGGAUUGUGGAGCCAAAUCUCAUGGCUGUGUUUGCUGCUGUGUGGUACUACCUCAAGCACCACUCAGAGCCCCCAUCUGACAUGGCCAAGUCAGUGCUGUACCUGGGCUGGGGGGUGUCCAACAGUGGCUGUCGCGACGUGGCCUCUCCCUUCUCCAACGUGCUGCCCGCCCUGCAAGCAGCGGCCGACACCGUUCGUCUGCUAGCUCAGGCGCGGCUGCAGCAGAUGCCGACCAGCAUAGAAGAGGACGAAGCGAUCCUGCGGGAGCUGGAGCGUUGUAAGAGCGGUGGGAAGGUGGGGGCGGGUGGUGGGGAGGGGGUGAAGGGUGGGGGAAAGGUGGGAAAGGAAGGAAAGAAGAAGUCGGCACAUAGCAAGCAGCAGCACAAGGAGAAGCUGACGAGCCUGGAGGAAGUUUCCGCGAAGCGUCUCAGUCGGCGCCGGCGCCGGCGUGCCGUUAGCGAAGGGAGGAUUGUCGAUGACUACAGCGACGAUGACAACAGCGAGAGUGACAACAGCGAGGAGGAGGAGACAGAUGCCGAUUUCAAGAGCAGGAGCGAGGAAGAGGAGGCGAUGGACUGUGACGCGUGGGAGCGAGAGCAGGCCGGUGGGGAGACUGACGAGGAGGGUGGCGGGUCGGAGAGUGGGAAUGGUGGCGGCAGCGGAGGUGGUAAUGCGGGUCCGAAGAGGCUGACAGUGAUGGGGGUGCGGUGUGGGUGUGAGGCGCUGAGGGCGGAGGCGGAUGAGCGGAUGGUGGCGGUGCGGUUCAGGAAGGCCAAGAAGGCAGUGCUGAAAGAGGUGGUGGAUCGACUCAAACGGGCCUGCCCUGCCUCUCCCACUUCUUUCCUCUAG